CUCAACGUGGCACAUCCUUCAUCUCAGCUUCUCUCAUUUCCAUUUCUUCAGACUCUUCCUACCGCCUUCUCCAUCUUUCUCUUUACAAAAAUGUUCACUGUUUCACAAAUUCUCUCAGGAAAAUGGGCGAGAAUCUCUGCAGAAAGCUUCAUUUCGGUUCUGAGUUGGGUGGUGUUCCUAUUCCUGGAUUUUCUAGACACUGUUUUCUGCAUAUUUUUCAGGGUUCUUGAUGAGUUCAUGGAAGGCAAGGCCUCCAGAUGCUACUGCGAAAGCAAGGAAGAAAAGGGCAGUAACGAAGAGGGUGAAGUGUCAGAGACACUGUACGGAAACGAGAGGAAAAACAUUUUCCGGGAAAUGGGUUUUCUGAGAUUUCCCGGAAAGUGGGAGAAUUCCAAGAAAAGAGUUGGUAGGGUGGAAUCGAAGAUGACUAGAUGGUCUGACUGUGGGUGUGAGUCUUGUGUUUCAUGGCUUAACAAUGGUGAUGAUCAGAAGCUACAUGUUGUUGUGAUGGAACCUCCCAAAGCAAUUGAAGAGGAAUGCAAGCAAGGACACAUUGAAAAUGUGAUAUUCUUACAUGGGUUCCUCUCAUCUUCCUCAUUUUGGACUGAAACUGUGUUCCCAAAUCUAUCUGAAGAGGUGAAGCACAAUUAUAGGUUGUUUGCCCUAGAUCUCUUGGGAUUUGGAAGAAGCCCAAAGCCAAGAGAUUGUUUGUACACUUUGAGAGACCACUUGGAAAUGAUAGAGAAAUCUGUAAUCCAUCCAUUUGAAUUGAAAUCUUUUCAUUUGGUUGCACACUCCAUGGGUUGUAUACUUGCAUUGGCUUUAGCUGCAAAGUACUCCAAGUCUGUGAAAUCAAUCACUCUUAUAGCUCCGCCUUACUUCGAUUAUUCUAAAGAUGGUGGUAGCUCCAUGGUGCUAAGAAAACUUGCAGAGAGGAGAUUGUGGCCACCAAUACGGUUUGGCUCAUCGUUUAUGUCAUGGUAUGAGCAUUUGGGUCGAUGUGUUUGCUUUCUCAUUUGUCGAAAUCAUAGGACAUGGGAGUGGAUUUUGAAGCUACUAACUCGAAAAAGGAAUCUCCAUUUCAUGACCAUUGAUAUGACAAAGCAUACACAUUCUUCGGCUUGGCAUACCAUGCACAAUGUGAUAUGUGGGGGAGCAAAAUCAAUGGAUGAAUGCUUAGAAACCCUAAAGAGGUCGAAAGUGAAAAUAUAUGUUAUCCAAGGAGAUCGAGACGAGAUAGUUCCGUUAGAGUGUAGUACUAACAUUAAGAUGAAGAUUCCAAAUGCAGAGGUUGACAUUAUCAAGAAUGCUGACCAUAAUAGUGUCAUAUUAGGUCGAGAAAAUAAUUUUACGCAAUAUUUAGAGCAUACAUGGUUGUCAUUUUCUAGUAGAGAAGAAUGCUAUAAACAUUGUAGUAUAUAAGAACUUGCUUCUUUCAAAUAACAUUUAAUUUUCAUUUUAUUUA